GGGAGACAUAAACUGUGUCGAGGGAGAGAGCCCACUGUUCCCUCUCGGCCACCUCCCUCAGCAGCAGCUUCUCUGGGCUGUAUGAUGGGAGGUGAGCAUGGCCAAUGAGAAGAAACUGAAGAUCAGCAACACGCUGCUUCCCACCGAGUCGAUGAAAGUCAUCGCCGAGUCCAUAGGAAUCUCCCAGCUUUCGGAGGAUACUUGCCAAAGCUUGACUGAGGAGGUCAGCUACAGGAUCAAAGAGCUGGCCCAGGAUGCUCUGAAGUACAUGUACCAUGGGAAGCGGAAGAAGCUAACGACAGUGGACAUCGACUGUGCUCUGAAGCUGAAAAAUGUGGAGCCGCUGUACGGGUUCCACGCCCAGGAGUUCAUUCCCUUCCGGUACGCCAGCGGGGGCGGGCGCGAGCUCCACUUCUACGAGGAGAAGGAGGUGGACCUCAGCGACAUCAUCAACACGCCCCUCCCGCGGGUGCCGCUGGACGUCUGCCUCAAAGCUCACUGGCUCAGUAUAGAGGGAAUCCAACCUGCGAUCCCAGAGAAUCCACCACCCGCCCCGAAAGAGCAGCAGAAGGUCGAGUCGACGGAACCCUUGAAGGUCAUCAAGCCAGGCCAGGAGGAGGAAGGACAAGGGAAGGGCAAAGGUCAAGGGGCUUCAGCCACGGAUGGCAAAGGUAAAGAUAAAAAGAAGUCUCUGCUGGAUGGGGCCGUACUGAAACUCAAACCGAGGACCACACACGAGCUGUCGGUGGAGCAGCAGCUGUACUACAAGGAGAUAACAGAGGCCUGUGUGGGCUCCUGUGAGGCUAAGCGUGCGGAGGCGCUGCAGAGCAUAGCCACUGACCCAGGCCUGUACCAGAUGUUACCCAGAUUCAGCACCUUCAUAUCGGAAGGGGUAAAACAAGUGCGGGUGAACGUGGUACAAAACAACCUGGCCUUGCUGAUCUACCUGAUGCGGAUGGUGAAGGCAUUGAUGGACAAUCCUACCCUGUACCUGGAGAAAUACCUCCACGAGCUGAUCCCCGCAGUGGUGACCUGCAUCGUCAGCCGCCAACUCUGCCUGCGCCCGGACGUGGACAACCACUGGGCGCUCCGGGACUUUGCCGCCCGCCUCAUGGCACAGAUCUGCAAGAACUUCAGCACCACCACCAACAACAUCCAGUCGCGUAUCACCAAAACCUUCACCAAGAGUUGGCUGGAUGACAAGACCCCCUGGACGACCAGGUACGGCUGCAUCGCAGGAUUAGCCGAGCUCAGCCACGACGUGAUAAAGACCCUGAUCAUCCAGAGGCUGCAGGUUGAAGGGGAGCGAAUCCGAGCUGUACUCGAGGGACCUGUCGUCAGUAACAUCGACAAGAUCGGAGCGGAUCACGUCCAGAGUCUCUUACUGAAACACUGCGCGCCGGUCGUGGCGAAGAUCCGGUCUCCUCCGGACAACCAGGAGUCCUACAAGAUGGACUACGGGUACCUGGGCCCCAUGCUGUGUACCCACGUAGUGAAGGCCCGUGCCCAGGCAGCGAUGCAGGCCCAGCAAGUGAACCGGACCACCCUGACCAUCACGCAGCCUCGGUCCACGCUGACCAUCUCGCAGUCCCCGCAAACGUCGCGGGCUCCCAGCAUCAUCAAGGUGCCCAGCUCCAUCACGCUGCCCAUGCAGACCCUAGUCUCUGCCCGGCCGUCCACCCCGACCCAGGCAUCGCCCCCAGCCACCAAGUUCAUCAUGAUGUCUUCGGCGUCCGGCUCGUCCAGCACGCAGCAGCCCAGACCCACGCUGACGAUCUCCCAGAGCCCCCAGUCGUCACAGCCCUCCACCAGCCCCAGCAUCUUCAAGGUCCCCAGCUCCAUCACGCUGCCAAUGCAGACCCUGCUCACCCGGCCCUCCACCCCAACCCAGUCGUCCCCGUCUCCAACCAACUACAUUGUGAUGUCCUCCAGCUCGACCUCCCCCAGCACUCAGCAGGUGAUCACACUGAGGACAACUCCAUGUGGGUCAGGCAGUACGUCACCGGUCACCACCACAGUGGCCAGCAUUCAGCCGAUUGUCAAGUUGGUGUCUACCUCUCAGACUGCGCCCAGCAGCACCGUGACUGGCAGCACCCAGAAAUAUAUCGUGGUCUCGCUGCCCUCCACCUCCGAAAGCAAGAGCCAGUCCAGUAACAGCUCCUUACAACAGCACUCGCCCAAGUGAGGGAGGGAGGGAGGGAGUGUUUUCGGGGAGACGGGGGAAGAAGGCAACGAAGCAAUGGUUUGCCUGGCUCCCCCCUGCCGUGACAGACUCGCCUCGGUCUGCUCCCCCCGGCAGCUUCUCUCUCUCCCCUCCCCCAGCGCUGACUGACGGGGAGUGGGCGGCAAUGCCGGUGGGAGCAGUGAGGGAGUCUCCGAGCUGCGCGUGGGGCUGAGGGGAGCGGGGCCCACACUGGGAGGUAAAUGAAGCUGCCCAUCCCAGUUACCCACUCUUCCUGCCUGUCUGCCUGUGUGUGUGCACCUGUCUGCCUGUAUGUGUUCGCCUGUCUGCCUGUGUGUAUGUGUACGCGCCUGUGUGUGUGCGCGCGCGCCUGUCUGCCUGUGUGUGUGCACGCGCGCCUGUCUGCCUGUGUGUGUGCGUGCCUGUAUGUGUGAGCGCACCUGUCUGCCUGUGUGCGCGUGCGCGGCUGUCUGCCUGUGUUGCACGCGCGCGGGCGCCUGUCUGCCUGUGUGCGUGCGCGCCUGUCUGCCUGUGUGUGUGUGCCUGUCUGUCUGCCAGUGUGCACUCGCGCGUCUAUGUGUGCACGCCUGUCUGCUUGUGUGCGGGUGCCUGUGUUUGAACCCGUGUAUGUCUGCCUGCCUGCCUGUGUGAGAGAGAGGGGCAGGAGGUAUAGAUUGGGAGGUAGGUGGCCGGUGAUGAAUGACGUCCGGUAGAUUAUUUCCCGCAGCCCGGAUUGGCAAUGACUGAACAUUGCUGACGCUGCCCCCGCUGUGCUGUGUACA